AUGCAUGAUGCACUAGCUGUUAAGUGCAAUUUGAGGAGGCGAGGGAUUGAUGUGGAUAGUCAAUGUAGUUAUUGUGGGUAUGAGGAAGAAAACUCACAACAUAUUUUCCGGACUUGUAGUGUCGCUAGGUUGGUUUGGACAAUCUAUCAACCACAAGUUCAAAUUGAUGAUAAUGAUCCCAUGAGCGCUGUUGCAUGGGUUCAGAAACAUAUCCGGCUCUUUUAUAGCAAGGAUGAAGUAGGAAUUCGGAAACUAGAAGAAUUUGUGGCCAUGCUUUGGAGUUUAUGGGUCACGAGAAAUGAAAGGGUGUUUAGGAAUAAAGGGGGUCAUGCUAGGUCUGUGUUGUUCCAAGCUGAGGAAGCAAUGAAAAGUUUACAAAAUUUCAAGCAAAAUCCGCAAUUGCCCGACGAGAAGAAGGACCCUGACAUUCCACCGGGUUUUAACUUCGUAAAUCUGGGGGAAAACACACACAUUUUUACUAACUUUGUUUUGCAGGUGGAUGGUUCGUGGGACAAGAAAACAAAACGGGCAGGGUGGGGAUGGGCGUACAAGCAAGGGAAUGAUAACAACAACAACAACAAUCACUAUCGAGAUGGAGGAGGGGAGUAUGGCUACACCAGUACUGCACUCCACGCGGAAACAAAGGCUUGUCUUCAUGGUUUACAAUGGGUUAAAGAGCAGGAAAUUCGAAACGGAUGCAACGAAUUUGGUUACAAACCUAAAAGGAAAAAAGGGGACAACAACUGGCAUUUUUUGGAUUCUGCAAGAAAUAAAAGAUCUAGCUAA